AUGGUGGUCCGGUUGGAGGCCCUCCUCAUCGGAGGUCCACAAGGCAAACCAGCCGCGUUGGGGGCAUCCGGGGAGUUGCUACGGCAUCUUCUGCCCAAAGCCUGUUGGGACGGCCUCGGAGCACCGGACCGCGAGCAGAACCGCGUCUCAGAGUCGGUCACGCCAUGUUCUCGCCGCCCUUAUUCCUGGUUCUGCUCGUUCCACUCGGCAGCAGGGGCGGGGCCAUGCAUCCGCACGCCGCACCUCUGGCUCCCCGAGCCCGGCCCCCAGGAGCUGUGCACCUUCGUGAGCGCGGUGGCCGCCCAGGUCCUGCAGACCCUGCAGCCGCGGAAGCCUCGGCCCCCCCGGAGAAAAUCCGCGCCGCGGAGAUUGCCCUACAGUCCCCCGUACAGGAUGGGCAUGCGGAGGGGGCGGGGCUGGGGCGGGGCAGGCCUGGGGGCGGGGCCCGCAGAGCCCAGCGCGCUGACCCACCCCCUCCUCCCCGAUCCGCCCAGGAGUUCUGCCCACGGCCGGGACGCCCCCCAGCGGCCGGCCCAGCAGGGCCCGGGCCCCCAGGCCAGGCCCCGGCUCCCACGGCCGCCCUCACCCUUCCUGGGGGUGGCCCAGGCCCUGACGGCCCCCGAGAGUCCGGGGCCGGGGCUGGCCCUGAGUGCCGGCGCUCUGCAGAGCCCGGCGCACGAGCUUGCGGAGAUCGUCCCUCCGGGCCCCGGGCCUUCCCUUCUUCCCGCAGUUACCGAAGACCCCUCCGGGUGUGUCCGGCUGCCCCCCGACCCCGCUGAGCUGCCCCUAGAGGCUCCGGUCUCGCCCCUGCUCGCUCUCCCCGCAGCGAUCGCGGAGAUGCGGGACCCAGGCCCCUGCCCCACCAGGGCUGUGGGGACGUGGGUCCGGCCCUGCAGGGGCCCGGAGCCCUCCCGCCCCCUCCUCUGCUAGCUGCCCCCGGGGUGGGGACACGCUUCC